CAUUACCACUCGGAUGUAUCAUACCGAUUUGCAUUGGUUUGCAGUCGUUUUAGCUGUUGCUCACGUUUUAGUUUAUUCUUUGUGAAUGUGAAGUAAAUUUUACAAUCAUUUUCUAGAAGUAAACUCAACUUCCAGUCAGUCCUCAGUAGAUAUGGAUGACGAGGAUGACCCCAUCGUAGAAGAGGUUCCAGUCUACCUAUCGAAAACGCUUUCGGAAAACCUAUACCUGUUGCAGUAUCCGGUAAAAGCUUCGAAUUCUACGUUCGACGAUGGCCAGGUUGUUAACAGUUGCGUUAAGCCAAUAAAUCAGCAGAUAAAGGUGGAUUAUGCUUUGAACACAGCUUCAAAAAACUAUGACUCGUUCAAAGGGGAACAGUUUGCUAUUGCCGCUGACGGUAAAGACAAGCUCCAGAAGCCAACGUUUCGCAGUGGCACAAUGGACAAACAGUCCUUUCUCAGUUCGAAACCAAUCGAUGAUGUGAAUCGAUAUAUGAUCUGUGUACUGCAGGAUCGGGAAAUCCAUGCUACUCCACUUAAGGGUAUCGUUUCAAUGCGUCAAACAUUUUCUUACUUUGACAAGCAGGAUAAGCGUACAAAGGCUGAGCAAAAAGCCGAAGUCGAUGCAGAUGCCGACGAAGAAGAAGCCAAGCAGGUUACGGUGAAAUUUGCUCGACAAGAAAACGAAAAGGUGCGAAAAGCUAGGGAAAAAUCUUUCAAUUAUCUAUCUAAGAUGGAAUCGGAUGAACCGUGGUGUGAAACUUUGUGGCAUGGAAAGAAUUCCACUGCCGCAGAACUGGAAAGGCAAAGAUUAUACUGUAGUGACUCUUUGCGGGACGGAGCAGAUAGUGCUCUAAACGUCGAUUCCAAGGAGUAUCUGGAUAUGUUGAUAAGUAAAGAGAAAACUGAUAGGAAUAUUGAUUCUAUGCUGCCAAGUCGAGUUGUUUGCAUGCACAAACUGCAGCAAAUGACACUCGUUGAUCAGAUUAAGGUUAUUCUUAGAGAUGCCAAGGUACUAACGUUCCAACAAAUAAUGGAUCUCCUUCCGGAUCGGACACUUGCGGUUGACAAAGUUCUUCGUACACUCCCGAUGGCUGGUGUAUUGAUCCGUGGCAACUGGGUUGUUCAAUCUGAGAGUAUCUACCCCGACGGAAGUGUUUCCAGUACUAACGGCGUUCCAGCGGAACAGAUGUGCAAAGCACGUGAUUAUAUUCUGUACCGUUUCACUCAAUGUGACAAACUGGAAAGGCAUCAGUUGGCGAUGAUAACACAACUGCCAUCAGAGGAAAUUCGUGAGAUACUCGAUUCGGUUGCAAAGAUUAACAGUGACCGGAGUUGGAGCUUGCUGUUGCCACCGAAUGAGGAGUUUUCAGUAAACGAGCAAGAGAUCAGUGAUAGACAGACCGCUUUUUGGACCGCUCGUGCAGAUAAAUUCAACGAGAUGGAGAAAAGUACGAAGCGAGUACGGAAACGGUCGUCGCGGUCUGACAGCAAAUAUGACAUGAAAAUGAGUAACGGAUAGCGAUGCUAAUACUUGCUUUCUAAUAGACAUUAUGUUUCUAUACCAGAAAGCAUAACUAUUUAUAUUAUUGCCGGCAAAAUAUAUUUAAGUAAAUCAAGUCAAACAAAUUAA